AUGAUUGAAGAUACAUCAUCUCCAUCAUCAUUAAAUUCAUCGACGAAUACAAAUGGAAGUUUAUCCCCAUCGUCAUCCCAUCAGUCACUUGGCAUAUCAUCAUCAAAUCAGAUGUCUUUUCCUUGUUGCGUAUUCCGUUGUCGACCUAAUUCGCAUCCGUUCCAAGAACGUUGCAUUCCAUUAAAUGAACAAGUUAAAGUUGGCCGAGCUGUUGCUCGUCUUAAAGCUCUUCCAAAUAAUGCCAUCUUUGAUUGUAAAGUUCUCUCACGUCAACAUGCUAAACUUUGGUAUGAAAAUGGAAAGUUCUUAUUACAAGAUACAAAAAGUUCAAAUGGUACAUUUGUUAAUAAUCAACGAUUGGGCAAAUGUAAUGAAGAAAGUUUACCAUUUGAAAUUUAUUCUGGUGAUAUUAUUCAAUUUGGUGUUGAUGUUACUGAAAAUAAUCGUAAAACUACUCAUAAUUGUAUUAUCAUUGAAGUUAAACUCUAUCAUAGUGAUGGUAAUGAAGCACUACCUCGAAGCCCUAUCGAUCGAUCUUUAGGUCAAAUAAAAGAUGUGGAUAUCAAUACUCAAACUUUAUAUCAAUUAGCUCAGUAUCUUCAAGAAGCUAUGCAUCGUGAGCAAAUGCUCGAACAAAAAUUAGAAUAUCUUCAAGGUGUAAUACGUGAUACACAACAAGCAUCGAAUGAAGGUUGGCAAGCAAUUAUUGAUGAAGAUCGUCUUCUAGCACGUAUUAAUGCACUUGAAGAUCAAAUUCGUAUUUAUCAUACUAAACAUCCAAAUGAAGAUGCACCAACACAAGAAAUAGUUCAAUUAAAACAAACACAUUGUAAAUUUGAAAAUGAAUCAAAAGAAAAAUUAGAAAAAGCGAUACUUGAACGAGCAGAUGCUAUUAGUCGUAGUAAAUCUUUAGAAUGUUCAUUACAAAUGGCGCAAGAUGAACUUAAAAGAUUUGAAGAACAAAAUGAACAACAUAAACAAGAAAUUCAGCAACUUGUACAAUCACUUGAUGAACAACGCUCUCUACUGGCGGAAUUCGAACUUAAAUUUAGAGAGUCUCAAACCCGAUGUACUGACCUUGAAAAUGAACGACAACGAAUACAAACUGAAUUUGAAAACUAUUAUCAACGAACACAUCAUUUAGAAGAAUUACAACAACCAUCUCCAACCAGUAAUAAUUCAGAUCAAAUCAAUCAGAAUGGUUUGAAUAAUAUCGAAACACAUGGUCGAUUUCAUGUACAAUCUUCAUUAAAAGAUCCACUUUUAAACAAUGAACAUACAAAUAAUACUGAUGAUAUUCCAAUUCAAACAGAUAAUGCAGAAAUAGAACAAAUAAAUCAGUCCAUAAAUUCCCCUGAACAACAUAAAAAUGACGAACAACGCCAAACAAUCAUUCCAGUGGUUCAAAUUAAUUCAGUAAUAAAUAAUAAUCAUAAUGAAGAAGAAGAUCAUUCGAAAGUAACAAGUUCUGAUAAUAUUGAUGAACAAUCAUUAUCAACAGUUUCUUCUAUAACGAAUGAUGUAUCUUCGAUAAAAGAUACAAAUGAAGAACAUAAUUUAGAAUUAAUCGAAGCACAGAAACAAAUUGAACUACUUCGUGAACAUUUAAAUGAAACAAAUGAUCGACUUGCUUCUAUGGAAGAUGUACAUAGAAAUGAACAAGAACGAUAUCGUUCAUUAACAUUAGAAUAUGAUUUAAUACGUGAUGAACUUGUCCAAUUAAAACAACGUUCAAUAAAAGAAAAGAAUGAUAAUAAUCAGUUACUUGAAAAACAACAAGUUGAACUUGACCAAUUAUCAAAAUCUAUUGUAUCAAAACAGAGUGAACAUGAUCAAUUACUAAGUGUUUAUCUCUGUUUUUUUCUUUCGUGUUAUUUGCUCAUUUUUUUUCUUUUCUUUUGUCUUUUAUCAUGGUGA